ACAUUUCCGCAUUCAAACAACGUCUUCGAGCAUUAUAAAACGCAAUCCUUUUUGAGCAGCGGUAAAAAAAACGCAACUAAGCAACAACAUCUACAGCUACCAGGGGCUACCAGGAAAAUGGAGCCAGUGGCCUAAAGCUACCAAGAAUGCAUUUUGCUGUGGGCAGUGCCAUUUUCUGCCUUUUAUUUACAAGCGGACAAUGUGUUGAUUGCUCUGACGGCGGUCAGAUAUUCAAUUUUCCUCCUUCGACUGAUUUGAGAACUUUGUCCCAUCGGAACUACUCAAUUAACGAAAGCUGUUGGUUUUCUUUUCAACCACCAUAUUGGUUUCCUUCAUCUUACUAUUAUUUAGAAAUCCAAUGGAAAGAGUUUGAAAUAGACGGCGACAUGCCAAAUUGUGAUGAUUACGUCGAAGUUUUCCUACUCAGCUCGCCAUCGAAAAGCAUUGGCAAGUACUGUUCUGGAAACAUCAAAUCACGUGUGCCGUUUAACAUGUACUCUCGAGAUAGUUUUGCAAUUAUCAAGUUUGUAUCAGAUGGCAAGCAAGGGAAAAAUGGAGGGUUUUCCUUAACAUAUCAGCUGAAAAGCCUUAACUCAGCACCUCUUGGAGGCCAGCCAAGCUUCAUAUCAUCACGAUGUGCCCAAAUGAACGGGUCUGCAGUAGGAAAUUUCUACUCAGUUGGUUGGCCAAAUGGUUAUGGACCGAGAUUAACACCCUGUAUUUUCAGCUACAAACUUAGACGCAACAACGCCAUGCAAAUUGCUGUCAUGGAUAUAGAUUUUUAUAACAGAGGAACUCCUUGUUCCCUUGAAAGCUGUUAUCUCGAUAUAAAAGAUUCCACAUACUUCUACACUGAUGCGAAUGACAUCCGUCAGUACACCAAUUCAAUCAGUGGAAGACUCUGUCAUACAGUACAGCCUAGAACUUACUCAACAACCAGACCGAAUGUUUACUUCUACUACAAACCUGAUACUAUAGGCAGAAAAUGGAAUCGUGGUUUCGUUAUAGGCUACAUUGAAUAUGGCAAUGGAACAACCUGGUCGAAUUUGUCGACGCCGACAACACCAACAGCGCAGACAACACCAACAACAAAAAGAACAACACCAACAACGCCGACAACACCAACAACGCCGACAACACCAACAGCGCAGAUAACACCAACAACAAAAAGAACAGCACCAACAACGCCGACAACACCAACAACGCCGAUAACACCAACCACUCAAAAACCAACACCAACAACACAAAGGACAACACGUGCGUGGACAGGAGGGAGCUAUUGGUCAGGCUGGAGCCGUCAAGACCUCAGAUUAGAUCUAGAAAGAAAUCGGUCAAAGUAUAUUGCCUUUGGUGCAUCUAUUGGUGGAGUUGUGUCUCUUAUUUCAAUUAUUGCACUGAUCUAUGGCUGUUACGUGGGAUGCUGUCAAUCUGGCAUAAAUAGAAUCAGAAAUGCAGCUGUCCCUGAAUCGACUCUGAUCAACCCAAACGCCAUGAGAGCCUACCCAAGAAAAUAUAUUUUUCACAACCGUUUUUUACACUCCAACGGAUUCCAGCGGUUUUAGACAUUAGAGCUCUUCCCAUCGUAUAAACUCAGGCCUACUCUUAUUAACAUUUUGACACAACCCGUGCUGUUCUUUAUUAUAACUAGCCCCCGCCCCACCGUCCACUUUGUUAGAGGAACCAGAGUACCUUGCUAGAAAGGAGGUCAAAUGGAAUCAAAUGUUUGUUAUAGAAAGCCAUAACUAUGUAAAGUUUUCCUUAUGUCAGAAAUAAAGUUUGAGUGAAUAAGCAAAUUUAUUUUAUUUAGGCCUUACAUAAAUAAAAUGAUUUGCUUUUCAAUUUCUUAAUAAGAUUUGAGGGAUUGUGUGCAAUUGAUGAUAGACAAAUUCAUGAUUGGUCCACAUUCUUCCAUCUUAGUUAAAAUCUACAAUUAACAUUAUUACGUUCAAAAAUAAGAUCAAAAGGACAUUUUUUUAUUUAGAUCAUACCAUCGCAUUUAAGAGGAUGAUUAUGGAAAUAUGAUCAGCUUAACAUUUUAAUGCUAUCUCUGCCACUGUAAUUAGCAAUGCUUAUUUUCACGUUUUUAGUAUUGUAUACUGUAUUGUAUCUUUUUUUCUUCUAAAACUUGUAAAUAUUUGUAAAUAUUGUCGCAAAUGAUACACAUACAUACAGAAUCUUAUAACGUCUAUUUCAUUAAAACAACUUCAUGUCAGGAAUAUUGUGUGUUUUUUACAGUCACCUACUCAACACAAGUCACUUACAUUUGUAGCGGUUUUCAACAGUAGAUGUUUUGAGCUUGACACCAUGACGUGGUUGCCAUAACACAGAAAAAUAGUUUAUUUCUAACCAGAGAUUCCACAUCUUAAAUAAAGAAUGACGAUAAUUUCUCAAAAUAAUGCCUCUGUUACAGAUAUUUUUGGGGGUUUUAGUGCCUACGUCCCUGCUCUACUGGAUCUAAAAACACAGCUCCGAUUUUUGUCAUUGAUAAAGAACUGAUUUUUUCUCAUAUUUGUGAUACAUAUUUCUAUAAUAAAGUUUCAAACAUUGUCUAAUUAAAUUUAAUUCAGGGGAAAGCUAAACUCGCAAAUGCUUGAAACACCCUACUUUCAGAGGAAGUUAGCAAGUAAGAGUAACAGAAGACACAAUUCAUUCAACUUGAAAAUUGCUUGCCCACUUUUAUUCUAACUUUCUAUGUUGCUUAAUGUGCAGCAUUUUCUACAAAUUUAAACUUGUUAUUCAGUUUUCUGAAUAUCAUCAAAAUUUAGAAAGGUAUCACACUUUGACAUGAAAUUUCCAGAGAAAGGAACAAAAAUUCCUUGAUAAACAGUAACAUUGUAGUUCUAAAAGGUGCUUAAUAGUUAUUUAAUAUAAUUGCAUAUUGGUGCCAUACAAAAUUGAAUAUAAUACAUUGGAAUUAUGUAUUAGUGUUGCCAGCAUCUUAACUAAUGCUAGAAAGCGUGGUGAAAAAGUCGU